AUGGCCGACAUGGCUCCGCGGAACGAAAAGAGCCAAUUGAAGCGCCCGCGCGCUUCGUUGCCCGAAGACGAAACAGAAACAAAGAAAGCCCGUUGGUCCGAUCCCCAGUCGCCUGAUUCCGCCAACAAAACCCCCGUUUCCAAAAAGCAGCAGCUCCCUUCCCCAGUCACGCAUUUCACUGCCGAGGAGUCCAGCGAGCUCUACAAGGAGCCCACUGCUACUCCUCCUGGACGCCGAGCAGAGGAGGUCACUCCCAGGAAGAACGAGGAGACAUUCUCCCAGGGCCAGGCCCUGUCAUCACCACCUCAAGAUACCCAGCCGCUCAGUCAGUUCGUCGACCGGCACCCUGCCAUUUCCGAGGACAUCGAGGAUGAAGUACGCGAAGGUGUCUGGGGAUACCUCGUCCCCCUAGAUCCCAAGUAUGGCGAUAAGCCCAUUGUGUUGAAGAAGCGAAGCUCCUGCGCAAUGCCCGACCCGGUAGCUGAUGCGGCCAAGACCGACCCUAAGCACACGAAGGGCAAGGCGACCUCGUCGAAGGAGGAAGAAGCUCCCGAGAAGAAGAAGGCCAAAGGCAGUACCUCUGGCGGCUAUCUGAUCGGGAGACAUCCCGAGUGUGAUAUUGUGGUCAACGACGGCAUCGUUUCGAACCGACACUGCCUACUCUUCACCGAGAACAAGGGCAACGAUACCGUGGCGAUCGUGGAGGAUCUGUCGAGUAACGGCACCUACGUCAACGAGGCCAUCGUUGGACGCAACCAACGCAGGGAGCUGGAGGAGCAGGACGAGAUUGCCGUCCAUGGCAAGGCACGCUUCGUCUUCCGAUACCCGAAAAGCCGACAGACCAGCGGCUUCAAGCAACAAUACACGCUGUUGGAGAAACUCGGCAAGGGCCACUUCGCCGAAGUCUACCUCUGUGUGGAAAAGUCUACCGGCCAGCGAUACGCUGUCAAGAUCUUUACUAAGCACCCCGGCGUGGAGGAUCGAUCGAAGACGGAAGGUCUGCAGCAGGAGAUUGGCGUGCUUAUGGGCGUUAGCCACCCAAAUGUCCUGUGCCUCAAGGAUACGUUCAAUGAACGUGAUCGUGUCUACCUGGUUCUCGAGUUGGCCCCGGAAGGAGAGUUGUUCAACUUCAUUGUCAUGAAGCAGAAGCUCAGCGAAGAUGAGACGCGCAAGUUGUUUCUCCAGCUGUUCCAGGGUAUCAAGUACCUCCAUGAGCGAAACAUUGUUCACCGCGAUAUCAAGCCCGAGAAUAUUCUGCUGGUUGAUAAGAACCUGAGUGUGAAACUGGCCGAUUUUGGCCUGGCCAAGAUAAUAGGAGAGGAGUCAUUCACAACCACUCUUUGCGGAACCCCGAGCUAUGUCGCUCCCGAGAUUCUUGCCGACUCUAAGCAACGCAAGUAUACCAAGGCUGUCGACGUCUGGUCUCUCGGCGUGGUGCUUUACAUCUGCCUCUGCGGCUUCCCUCCAUUCUCUGACGAGCUAUACUCCCGCGACUUCCCCUUCACACUCUCUCAGCAGAUAAAGACUGGUCGAUUUGACUACCCGUCUCCGUACUGGGACUCGGUUGGAGACCCAGCGCUUGACCUUAUCGACUCCAUGUUGAUUGUCGACGCCGACAAAAGGUUUACCAUUGACCAAUGUCUGGCGCACCCUUGGCUCAACCAAUCGGCGCCGAGCGUCAGUGACAGCACUGGCGGUCUCGUCGGAGGUAUCGCGGGACUUGAGGUCAACCGUCGUGCCCCAGCCCGUGAGCGGACGCUGCUGUCGUCCCUCAACUCGGUUCAAGUCAUGGCACAAGUUGAGGUUGGUAAAGACAAGAACCCCGUCAAGGUGUUUACGAAGAAUAAGGGGCGUGUGACAAAUGUCGCCAAGGAGGCGGGACCUGCUCACCAACGGGGGGCGGCGGAGUUUAUGGAGUUGGGUGGAAGAGGAGAUCAAGAGCUCUUCGCAAACGACGACGCAAGCAUUUAUCCGACAACAGACGCGGCCAAGGCCAAAAAGGCUGCUGACAAGGCAAAGGGCCGGUGA